CUAUAUUCCAAAAAUCUUAGCGUGACCUCUACUGCGGUUGAAAACAUUGGAGCUGGGGUUGGAUCAGUGUACCACAGGCGAUGUCAGGUGUAUAGGGGCGUUAUCUGUCUAUCUUACAAAUUAUUCUUAAACAUUACCAACGUCAGAAAGGCUUAUGUGCGCCGUGCAGCUUGAUCUCCGAGAAGGGGUGUUCAGUGAGUCAGUCGGCGUUGAAUCCAUUCCCGUUCUACUACAUCAAUAUGGGUGUGAUCAGUGUGCAGCUGGUAGUUACCAUGGUAAUGGCCAGCGUGAUCCAGAAGAUCAUACCACACUACUCCUUCGCAAGAUGGCUCCUCUGCAGUGGCGGUCUGCGUUGGUACCAGCAUCCCUCAGAUGAUGAGCUGCGAAGCCUCGCUGGAAAACUCCAAAAGGGAAAGAGCAAGAAAGACAGGAAGCACAACGGGCACAUAGACAACAGGCCUCUGACCAUUCCCAAGGACAUCGACCUCCAGCUGGAGACGAAAUGCAUUACCGAAGUAGACACGCUAGCACUUCAUUAUUUCCCAGAGUUCCAGUGGCUGGUGGACUUCACGGUGGCCGCCACAGUGGUUUACCUCAUCACCGAGCUGUACUUCUGCGUGGCUGAAGCAAACGGAGAGAUGAACAUCAGCGUGGUGUGGUGCAUGCUGGUCCUGGCCUUUGUCAUAAAGAUUCUCUUCUCCCUCACCGCCCAUUACUUCAGGCUGGAGGAGGGGGGAGAACGCUCCCUCUGCAUCACGUUUGCCUUCUUCUUCUUCGUCAAGGCCAUGGCCAUCCUCAUCGUCACUGAGAACUACCUGGAGUUUGGCCUGGAGAGCGGGUUCGCUAAUUUCUCUGAAAGUGCUGUGCAGUUUCUCGAGAAUCAAGGGCUUCAGUCGCAGGGCCCCAUAUCCAAGCUAACCUUCAAGCUGAUCCUGGCUCUCCUCUGCUCCCUGACUGGAGCGUUCCUGACCUUUCCAGGCCUGCGAUUGGCUCAGAUGCAUCUGGAUGCCCUCACCCUGACCACAGGCAGAGUGACGCAGACUUUGUUGCACAUCAACUUCCUGGCCCCACUGAUAAUGGUUCUGCUGUGGGUGAAGCCUUUAACGAAGGACUACAUAAUGAACCCCACUCUAGGGAAGGAGAGUGUGCCUUUGAUGACUGAGCGGACGUUUGACACGCUGCGUCUGUGGGCCAUCCUGCUGCUGUGCGCUCUGCGGCUGGCCAUGAUGCGCCACCACCUGCAGGCCUACCUCAACCUGGCCAAUAAGGCCGUGGAGCAGAUGAAGAAGGAGGCCGGCCGCAUCAGCACCGUCGACCUGCAGAAGAUGGUGGCCCGGGUCUUUUACUACCUAUGUGUUAUUGCACUCCAGUACAUGGCACCUUUGGUGAUGCUGCUGCACACAACCUUGCUGCUAAAAACUUUAGGCGGUCACUCGUGGGGAGUGUACCCUGAGGAGGAUCUCUGCGCUCUGCAUGUGAGCUCCGAGGCCGCCGCCACCGCGGAUGGAGGGGCAGGAGCACUGGCAGCUGCAGCCACAGAGGCCAAAGCAGGGGCCGCGGCCGCGCCGGCCGUGGCCCAACUGUCUAUGGCCCUGGGUGGCCUGCGGACAGUCUUUAGCCCCCUCCUCUUCUCUGGCCUGCUCUCCUUCUUCACCUGGUGGAUCGCCGCCUGCCUCUUCUCCACCUCCAUCUUCGGCAUCUUCUACCACCAGUACCUGAUGGCUGCGUAGCCGAGCCGAUCGGACCGCACCGCAACCCGGAAGCCCCCGGGGCGGGGCGGGGGAGGGCUGAGGACCCCGACCUCGAGGACUCAGGGCUCAGGACUCGCCCUGUUCUCCUCCCUGCACGUCAUCAUAUCAGCAGAGCUCCUGAUGUGCUUCCUCCACAGAUGACUUCUUUUCUGUUUUUAUCACAUUUGACUGGGACACCACAGGUCACGGGGAGCAGGACCUGCUAAUGUUAAUGGAAAUAUUGUCAUCAAUAAUAAUAAUAAUAAUAAUAAUAAUUAUAAUUGAAAUAAUACAUGACAUCAGUAAUAAUUGUUAAGGAGUGCAGAAGGACUGUGGGGGGCUCAAGCGGGGGGGGGGGGACGGAACUGAAGUUUAGGGCUGAUGUUCCAGGGAAGUGCAUGAGGGAGACACUUUUGGCAGGAGGGGUGGGGAGAAGGGGGAGGCCCACAUUGGCAUUGCCUCAUAUAGAUAUUUAUAUUGUUUUUAAAGGACAAUGGAGAGUUUUUAAAUUGGUAUGUUUUUUUGUUUGUUUAGAUUUUUUUAAUUCGUUUUUGUCCAUUGUAGUUACCAGUGAAGAUUGUUCAUGGAAUGAAGAGAUGAGCGUCUCCUACAGGUCACGUUCAUUGGCUGUACCCCUUGGGUUUGACUCAGGGGAGGCUUGUGUUGAAGUGAGUGAGUUAGUGAGUGAGUGUGUGUGUGUCUGGGUGUUGGGUGGGCGUGUGUGUGUGUUGACAUUCUUUGACUGAGACCUAAUUUGCCUUUUGUUUAUGAGCAUCUGUUUAUGUUCAAGCUAAGUUUGUAUGUGUGUGUGUGUGUGUGGGUGUACUCCCCCAUGCCUGCUGCUGCCGGCGUGUGUGUGUGUGUGUGAGUGCGUGCGUGCGUGUGAGUUUGUGUGUGUAUGUGUGUGAGUCGCUGUGAAAGUAAGUCAGAGUUUGUAUGCCCUCGGGCUGCAGAUAACUCCUGCUGUGUUCUGGGGGAUGAGCAUUCAAAAGGGCAUUUUGAUCAAUGAAAUUGGCAUGUAGAGCUGCACUGCAAAGCACUGUUGAGGAGUUUCUUCUUUUUUCUUUUUUCUUUUUCCCCCCCGUCUGUCAUCCACACCAUUCGCCCUCCAACAACCGACAAACAUUUCCGCUCUGAAUUCAGGGUCCUUGAGGGGCCUGGGAGCCCACCGAGUGCAUUCUGUGUGUCAUGUCAUUUUUUAAAAUGUUUUAUUAUCAUUAUUACUUUUAAGUCUGUGGAUUAAAUCAGGAGGUUUUUUAUUUAGUUUUGCCAUCCUAGCACGAUGGUUUUUUUUUUUCAUUUGAAGGUGCCAAUAGAAUCCCCUGGGGAGGGGGGUGGGGGGCAUGGAACCCUACAGUCUCAGUCACCGGAUGAGAAGAUGAGGACUUUUGGGCAGUUCAGAGACUGUGUGUGUGUGUGUGUGUGUGUGUGUGUGUGUGUGUGUGUGUGUGUCUUUAUACAGGCACGUGUCUUCAUUUCAUGCAAGAAGCUCUGACUGGGUCUCAUACAGUGUACUGCAUUUCCGUUGAACCAUCACAUGUAAAGUAGGCCGAACAGUUAUGUUACAAUCAUAUCGAAUGACUGACGUAGUGUGUCUUAUUUUGUUUGUUGUUUUUAGCUGAAAUUUGUAUGUAUUUUAACUCUUCAUUUGAAAGGGUUGGGAAAGUCUUAUCCUCACUCUGUUUGAAAGAGCAGAGAGGAAGCACACUAUGAAUGUAAUGAUCCUGCCUAGUUUUUUUUUUUUUUUAUGAUUCUAACUAAUGAUUUCACAUAUGAACAAAUUGAAUUAUGCAGAUAUGGGCAACCUAUAACCUGAAAACAUCCAUUUGACCGCGAUGACCGGUUCCGCCAGUUCAACUGGACUUCUGUCAGCUCCAUCAAUGGAUUUGCUUAAUGUCAGGCAAAUAUUUUGUUGCGCAUAACACAAUGUAGACUGGUUUAUUCCGAUUUGUUCGUCCUUUGCAGAGUAUAGGAACUCACUUAGCAAGUGAAAUGGAGACUGAGAAGAUUGUGGAGGAUGGUGUCAGUAUUGCAAGGAGACACUGGUCUGCAGUAGGCCUCAGGCCUAUUGGGAUUCACGUGGUCCCAGUUCAGUAUUUGGGGUCAGCUGGUCUGCAAAUGCAUUGUGGGAAUUUCCUCUGUGUUUUGCGCAGAAUCUGACAGCCUUCGCCACGUCCAGGCCUGUUCCGUUUGGCCUGGCGACAUCUCGGCACACGGUGUUCUCUGACAAAUGUUCUCUCUCUCUCUCUCUCUCUCUCUCUCUCUCUCUCUCUUUUUGCCUGUCUCCGUGGUGACGCGAACAACUGUUUUUGGAAAGAUCAGGUCGUCACAGUAUUCUGUUAAUCGCACUAAUCUCAACCCCUUCCAAGAAAAAUGUAUGAAUGUCCUUAUUUUAAAAUUGAUUUUAAAUUUGUUAUAAACAGUUGCGCCUGUAUACAUUUCUAACCCUAAUGCCAAAUAAUAUUUUGAAACGGUGUCUUUUGUUCAGCCAUUUUGUUUUUAUUAUUUCCAUUUUUUUUUGCUUACUGAAUCAAUCAAAGACAAAUCAGCUGUACAUUGGAAUAUUUCGAUUUUUCCGGGGAAACUUUUACAAUCCAUCUGCCUACAUGGCUUUGUCUGUCUUACUUGAGUGGUAUGUUUGUUUGUUUUUUUUAAGUAUUGAUAUUUCUCUCUGUAUUUAUUAUGUUUCUCUCUGUUUAGUUUGUUUUAAUAAAUGAGUCUUAUGGGAAAAAAAUUGA